AUGUGGCUGCAGGUCGUUUUGUUGGGGCUAAUUUUCCCGUCGGCCAUUUUAGGGUUGGAUCAAAGGGCGGUGGAGUUUUCUGUGGACUACUUCAGACACAGAAAUGACAAAUUUGUGUGCUUGCUUACGUGUGGAGAGGAUACUUGGAAUCGCAAUUUUGUUAAACUAGCUGCAAAACAUCACGCCAGGGUGUCUGUCAGGAAGAUUGACCAGUCGAUAAAUAAACCUUCUUUGAGCUCGUGUCUACAGCAAAAAUUCGUCUCUGUCGGAGUGUUGGUCGACCCCAUAUGUCCCAAGUUUAAACAGGUCAUGGAUUAUGCAUCACAGAAUGCAUUAUUAGACUCAAGACACCAAUGGUUAAUUAUUAAUACAGACGACAAUUCUACAAUAAAAAACAAUAACUUUGCUAAGAAUUGGACAAGCAGCAAUGUAAGAACUAUGUUGGAUAUCGUCGGGAACCUUAAUAUCAGUGUGGACACUGAUAUAACCCUGACUAUACAAGGUGUGAACAGUUUUGAGAUCUUCGAAUUAUUUAAUUACGGUAAAAUACAAGGUGGUGAUUUAAAUAUUAGAAAAUCUGGAUCAUGGUCAGCUGAGAAUGGUAUAAUGACAAACUUAAACGAGUACAAAUAUUACCGAAGAUGGAAUUUCCACCAUUGGCCCCUGCGAUUCAUAGUCGUCGUAAGUAUUCCUCCAGAACAGUUCGAUUUAGAUCGAUUACUGCUUGCUGAUAGGCGGCAAACGCCGGGUGUCGCCACUAUACUUAAGACUGGCACGAUCAUACUCAAUGUCUUAGCCGAAAUACAUAAUAUAAGUUUCAACUAUUCAAUAGCAGAUAGAUGGAUUGGUGAAUUUAAUGAAAAAAACAUAUCAAAAAUGGCGGCUGCAACCUCUUUGUACCAUAAACAUCAAGACUUAACACCUAUUCUUCGUUGGGAAAAUGUCAGAGAUAAAGUAGACUUAGUGCAUACACCAGUGACCUCCAUUGAGACCAGAUACUUCUACCGCAUCCCAACUUACGGUGCUGGAAAAUUCGAGAAUCAGUUCUUGAGGCCACUCAGCUAUGGCGCAUGGAUAUCAGUAGUAAUUGUGAUAACACUAUGCGCGUGCGUUUUGCUGAUAUCAGCUAAACUGGAGAGGCGACGAUCAGCAGGGCAGUACGCUAUCUUCUCUGUACUGGCUUCAAUGUGCCAGCAAUUUUUUGAAGAUAAUACCAGUUUUACACCAAGAGUGUCCGCUGCUCGUCAACUAACAAUUUUUGUGACUGGCAUCUCCUGCGUCUUGAUCUACAACUACUACACGAGCAGCGUAGUCAGCUGGCUGCUAAAUGGACCUCCUCCUUCCAUCAACUCCUUGCAAGAACUGCUGGAGAGCCCCCUGGAAUUGAUAUUCGAGGACAUAGGGUAUACCAGAUCUUGGUUGCAGAAAAAAACCUACUACUACAAUUUGAGAAAUAUGGAAAUCGAAGACGAGCUUCGAAAGAAGAAAGUUUUUAAUAAGAAACCUAAUGCACCACUACUAGUGCCCGUCGAAGAAGGAAUAAAACUGGUCAAAGCUGGAGGAUAUGCCUACCACACCGACACCAACAACGCCAAUAGGCUGAUAUCGCAGACGUUCACACAAAGCGAGCUGUGUGAGCUCGGCUCUUUGCAAUCCAUGGCGAAGGCGGAACUGUAUCCAGCCUUGCAAAGGAACAGCCCAUACAAGGAGUUCUUUGUUUGGGGUUCCAUACGUCUCUACGAGCGUGGCAUAGUAAAGUUUGUCCAGCGCCGCAUCUCGUCGCCUGCUGUGGAGUGCGAGGGUAGCUCACCGAGGGCUCUGGCUUUGGGAGGGGCCGCUCCUGCCUUCCUGCUGUUAGCUGCUGGGUACCUGCUGGCCACGGUUAUUAUGCUGGUGGAGAGGGCAAUCUGGCGACGCAAAUACAAAUCUAAAGUUGUUUUGAAGCUGAAAAAGUAG